AUGUCCAAUAAGAAAGACGAAGAAUUAUCCAAGCCAGAUAAAAUUGAUAAAGACAAUUAUACUGAAAGUCUCGAUAAGAUUUUAACUAACUUAGGCUCAUUAUCAUCUUCUAUUUAUGAAAUUUCGAAACAUAUCGGGGAUGAUUUAAAUGAGAAAGCAAAAGACUUGACUCGUUCAUUAUUACUUAGAAAUAAAGGUCAUAUUAAAGAAGAUGACGAAGAGAUCGCCUUUUGGAAUUAUCCAUCUUUUUAUCAAGAGAGAAGUAAUUAUGACGCUGAGGUAAGCACACACCCAAUUUUUGGUGAAUUAUGGAAUGCUUUCCCAUUGCAACAAUUUGGAAACCUUACAGGUAGCUUCAAGAAUGGCUCAACUCCGUUUGGUUACUAUUCUUAUAAGGGCCCAUCAAUUCGUUAUUAUAACGAAUGCUUGAAUAAGGACGGGAAAUCUGUUUGGGAUGACCAAGGUUAUUGGAGAUGUCUUUUUCCAAACAGUGAAGUUCCAGUAGAGUUGUUAAACUUUAAGAACAAGUACUUGAGUGGUGAUAUUUUGACCAAAGAGGAUUUUUAUAAUGCAAUGAAGGAGAAUACUAACUCGAAUGUUACAGGAACUUACGAUUUGAAGGACAAAGGAAAAUUUUUUGAUUCUUACGACAACUACUUGAAAUGGAAAAACCAACAGUAUCAAGAACAAUUGGAACAAAGAAAGAAGACUUUGGCUCAAAGAAAAGAGCAAUUGCAACAGUUAUCAGAUAGUAAAGGAGAAGAUUUCAGUAAGAAUAUUGUUAGUACCCUGGUCAAGUCAAAUACCUACACUGACUUGGACACCAACGAAGUAAAAUAUACUCAAGUUAAAACUGAAUGUGACGGCGAAGGUAACUGUAUUGUCACGAAAAUAACUAAACUGAGACCAAUUGAUUCUUUGAAAUGGACCAAGGAAGAAGAAGAUGUAAAGAAUGUUAAAAUUGAGUAG